AUGUCAGGAAUAACUAUUAUGAUAUCUUUAAUAUACAGAGUUUAUAAAGUAUUAUAUUAUAAACACUCUUAUUUAAAAAACUCAAUAUUAGAUAAACUUUAUAAUACUUUGAAUAAUGAGUACACAAAUGGUGAUGAUUUUUAUUGUGACAUUGAUAUUUUAUAUAAAGACAUAGAUGCUUCAGCAAUAAAUAUUCUUAACAAACUUAUUGGGAAUAUAAAAACAUUAUUAAAUACUGGGGGCAAUUAUUUUAUUGAUAAAGAUAAUGCUUAUAAUGUUAAUAAAGGAUGUAUAUAUUUAAAAUAUUGGUUUUAUGAUCAAAUACUAAAGGAAGAUAUUAAUGAAAGGGACAUAAAAAGCAUUAUCAAUCUAUGGGAGGAGUUAAAAUAUGUGAUCUUUAAUGAUAGAAAUAUUCCUUGUGAGUUUUAUAAUAUGAAGUUAAACCAAAUAAAAGAGAUGAAACAUUUAUAUGAUUAUUUUGUAUUUUAUGAUCCAUAUAAAAAUUUUAGUAUUAUAAAUAAUAAAAUAUACAACAGUUCAUAUUGUAAUUACCUAAAAAAGUGUAUUGUUAUGUAUAACAAGAUGGUUAGGGAUUGUUCUAAUACUGCUGAUUCAGAAGUAUGUAAGGAAUUUAAAAAAUAUUUAAAAAAAGCAAUUAAUGUAAAUUAUUUGUUACCAUUUAAUGGAAGAUGUAAAAAUGAGAAAAUACAAAGGCAAGCCAAUAACUUUAUAGAAAAUUUAAUUACAACAUAUCCUUUUCUUAAAAAGCUAUUAGAGGGGGAAAAUAUUUCGAAUAAUACACCUAUAAUCAAAUUUUACAGCAUGUUAAAUAAUGAAUAUGAUUAUUAUGAGAAUACUUUUAUUUGUGACUUUUUAUUAAAAAAAUACCCUCAUAUUAAGGUAUACAUUUAUAAAUAUUGUAAUAAGCUUAAAUCAAUAUUAGAUAAUUGGGAUAAUAUAUUAAAUAUUUAUGCAAAAACUGAAAAAAAAAAUAAAUACUGUGAACAUUUGAACUAUUGGAUACAUGAUAAUAUAAAAGGGAGUUCUUAUAGAAGCCAAAUUAUUAAAUUGUUACACGUUGCUUGGAAUUGGAUUAAUUAUCAAAAUAAGAAUCCAAAUAAUAAAUGUUGGCCUAAGAAUUUUAAUAUUAGUGAAAAAAGUUUUAAAAAAAAAAAGCAGUUAUAUCUUUUUGUCGAAUUCUAUGAUCAUAUAAAAAGAGGAAUAGAAUCUAUAGAAAAUUUCAACAUAACAAAAUAUUGUGAUUACAUAAAAAAUCACAUUUACUUGUACUAUGCAAUGUUAUAUGAACAAGACAUGUGUUCAAAAUCUUAUAUGUAUGUUGAAGAAUUAUCAGAUUUUAAAUUAAAGUUGAAUAAUGAUCUAGAUUUUUUAAAAGGAAAAUGUCCUCUAAUUAAUUUUGAUUUAAUUUUCAAUAAGGAACAUAAAAGAAAGGCAUCAACUUCAUUUCAAGAGGGGGGAAUGCUAACGCAAGGUAGUAAUACACUUGAUAACAAAGACACAGAUAAUAAUGCAUUAAAUUCAGAACAAUUUCCUUCAUAUAUGAAAUACAAAAAAUUGAAUGAUUCUAAUGAUAUUGAAAGGUACUGUAAUGAAUGUGUUGAUAUCUUUAAUUUUGAAAUGGACUAUCCUGGAAUUAGUGAGCUUUGCUAUAAAUUUGUAAGAAAUUUAAGAGAAUUAUCUAAUAAUGGGAAAUCCGAAUUCUUUGAAGGCUGUAGUUACAUUACUCAUUGGAUAUAUGAUGAGAUAUGGAAAACAUUUGGCGCCAAAUGGAAUAGUUUAAGCGACAUACCAUUCUUUCACAAAUUUAGUGAUAUAGGUAACAUUAUUAAUAGAGAAUUAAAGAAGUAUUGUAACUAUAAUCAUGAUAGUAAUAUCAGUUUUACUGAAUUGAAGGAAAGAAAGGAACUACAUGAUUAUUUUGUUAAUCACAAGACUCUGUUGGAUAUCGUUAACAGUUCUAUCCCAGAAACAAAAGACAAAUGGUGUAAAGAAAUUAUUCGUAUUAGUAAGAAUUAUAAAAACCAUAUAAAUGAAUGCUGCGAAUAUCUUGGAAAAAAAAACAGUUACCUAAAUAAUUGUAGCAAUUAUUUUAAAUGCGAUAAAGAUUACAGUCCCUACAAAUUGUUAUUGAAACUAUGUUGCAACGAAAAUGAAAGCAGUAUAAGUAGAGAAAAUAGAUUUGAUGAACAACGGGAUGAAGAUAUUCACAAAUCAAAAACAGAUAGAUCAAAUAAUUCAUACGAAGAAUUAAAGAAUGUUGAAUUUUUUCACCUUCCUGCUAUUGAAAGCACAAAGCAUAUAUUAAUAUUUGAUUUGUUCAAUAUUUUCGUUUUAAGCACUCUCUCAUUACUUGGAAUUUUUUUAAUUUUUUUCGUUUUUUAUAAAUUUACUCCGCUUGGAUCAUUCUUACAUAGAAGGGAACUGAAAAAAAAUAAAAAUUAUAAUCUUGAACAACAACGUAGAAAUAAUUUAUCAAAAAAUAAUUACAAUAGUGCAAAUAGAAGUAGAAAAAAUAAGAGUGUAAAUGUAGCUUAUCAUUCUUAA